UUCUACGGUAUAGUCGAACUAGCAGAAAAAUGCAAGGCUUAUCGGGAGCCGAUUGGAAUCGGUGAUACAGUGACAUGGCGAGAAGAAAUGAUUGAGCUCUACUGGAAAGCAUUUGUACGCCUCUGGAUCGACGAAAGCCUGGUACUACCGUUCGUUUACGAGCGAAACAACCACACUUUCGCACGAUGCGUUGCAUGCACUGAG